AUGGGAUCCUUGGAAAGAUCAAAAAAGAAGGUUCAAUUAUGGAAGAAAGCAAUUGUUCAUUUCAUGUUAUGUUUCGUCAUGGGGUUCUUCACAGGCUUUGCUCCAACGGGUAAGUCUUUAUUAUUUUCUAAUGGAGUUGCAAUCUCGAAUCACUCGUCAGAAUUUUCACCACAGCCUGCGGAAGUGUUAAACCCUGAGAAAACACAGAAUUUCACCUCAAGGGAAUUGGAAGAAACUGCAAUUUCUACUGCACCAGAAGAAUCCCGUGAUGCAGAAAACCUUAAAAACCCCAAAGAAGAAACAAUAAACAACGGCGAGUUAAAUCCGAGGAGGCUUGUAAUAAUUGUUACUCCUACGAGCAAGACGGAUAGGCUUCGAGGGGUGCUUCUUAGGAGGCUAGCAAACACAUUGAAAUUGGUUGCUCAACCACUUUUGUGGAUUGUUGUGGAGCAGUUUUCGGAUUCUGUAGAGGUUUCUGAGAUAUUGAGGAAUACAGGAAUCAUGUAUAGGCAUGUAGUGUUCAAGGAGAAUUUCACUGAUAUACAUGCUGAAAUGGAUCAUCAAAGAAACCUUGCUCUUAAUCACAUUGAGCAUCAUAGGCUGAGUGGAAUUGUGCAUUUUGCCUCACUUUUGAACGUGUAUGAUCUUAGCUUCUUCCAAGAGAUUAGAGCAAUCGAGGCAUUUGGGACAUGGCCAAUAGCUAAACUAUAUGCCAACAAAAAGAAGGUAAUUAUAGAAGGACCUGUAUGUGAUUCUUCAGAAGUUAUAGGGUGGCAUUUGAAGAAAAUGGAAAACCUAACAGAUACAAGUACAGCAACUACAUUUCCAAUUCAUAUUUCAAGUUUUGCAUUCAAUAGCUCUAUUCUUUGGGAUCCAGAAAGAUGGGGGCGCACUUCAUCUGCUCAACGUACCUCGCAGAAUGCACUCAAGUUCGUGAAAAAGGAGGUUCUUGAAGAGGAUACCAAGUUGAAGGGAAUUCCUCAAGAGGGUUGCUCCAAAGUUUUGCUCUGGAAUCUCCAUAUUUUGAAGUCGUAA